GCGCCUGGCGGGAAAGCACACACCAGGCCUCGGUCAGGCGAGCGGCCCCUUUAAGGAAGCCAGCGCCGCGCUGAUUGGCCGAGCUUCGGCGUCGUUGUCAAGGCCGUCCAAUCCCGAGGCUCUGCAGGGCGAGUCCCGGUCCAGUCGCGGUCCAGGGGACCCCCGGGGCCUGCAGGCCUUUGCAGCGAGGACGGUCCCUCCACACCCUCGCCGCCCCCUGCCCGGUGUGGUUUCCGCUGAACACGGGGAAGUUCUUCAUCCUGCUUGGAUUCUACCUUUAGCCCUUGGGAGCAUUCUCUAACACAUCCAAACUACCAUCCAGACUCAAGAAACCGAGGUCCAAAACAGGUCAAGAUGGGGUUUAUAUUCUCAAAAUCUAUGAGUGAAAACAUGAAAAACCAACAGGAGUUUAUGCUUAUGAAUGCUCGACUCCAGAUUUGCUUUUUCUGGACCUUUCACAUAAAUGGAAUUAUACAAUACACGGUCUUUUGUGUCCAGCCUCUUUCACUGGAAAGGCAGCUAAUGAUGCAGAAUGAAAUGAGAGAAAGACAAAUGGCCUUGCAGAUUGCUUGGUCUCGGGAAUUCCUCAAAUAUUUUGGAAGCUUUUUUGGCAUUGCAGCCAUCUCUUUAACAGCUGGAGCAAUAAGAAGGAAGAAGCCAGCCUUCCUCUUCCCUAUUAUUCCAUUAAGCUUCAUCUUCACAUACCAGUAUGACUUAGGAUAUGGAACCCUUCUACAAAGAAUGAAAGGUGAAGCUGAGAACAUACUGGAAACAGAAAAGAGUAAGUUGCAGCUGCCAAGAGGCGUGAUCACUUUUGAAAACCUUGAAAAAGCCAGAAGGGAACAGAGUAAAUUCUUCAUAGACAAAUGAAAUCAUGUUUACCCACCAAAUCUCAAAACACAUAAUUACUGACUUGAAUCAUGGUUUUUACAAAUUUUUAGAUGAUUGAGAUUUUGAUAUAAUGGAUUUUAUUUUACAAUAUUAAAAUGCAAGAUGAGUUUUGUUAAACUAUUUUAAAAUAAAAUUUAUAACAUCAACACAAAAUCAUGGAGGUAUGCUAAAUAACUUUCAUAUUUCCUAUAAAUGUGUGUAUUACAAAUAUCUAAAUGUAUAAUUAAUAAAUUAUAUUGUUUUGAAUUCCUGGAA